AUGGUAUGGUUUGUGGCAUGGGCACACUGCGUAGCGGGUGCGCAUGGGCAGUUUGGCAGUGCGGAGGUCGGUUCUUUGGAUCGUGUGCCUCAGAGGCGAAAGAGCAAAGGGCUUCGCCGGGAGGGACCCGUGGGGUGGACAGGAAAUGCGUUGGACAGAACCCUUUUGCGUCGCUUCUCGUCUUGCCGCUUUGAGUUGGGCUGCAUUUCGUUGCGUGCCAUAUUGGGACACGACAUGAAGGCAUGUGGAUGUCCUUGGGAUUGUGAACAAAGGCCUGGUUACCUUCGAUGGUUGUUUGUGGCCCAUGUGCCACUCAGGUCUCCAAAGCAUCCUAUACUUUAG